AUGUCUCAGGAAAAACCACUUCCCUUUGUGUAUCAGUUCGCCGCAGGCGCGAUUGCUGGCGUGUCAGAGAUUCUGGUGAUGUACCCGUUGGACGUUGUCAAGACUCGAGUUCAACUGCAAACAGGAAAGGGCACCGGCGUCGAGUCAUACAAUGGCAUGUUGGACUGCUUCCGCAAGAUUAUCAAGAAUGAAGGCUUCUCUCGUCUCUACCGAGGCAUUUCAGCUCCCAUUCUCAUGGAGGCCCCCAAACGUGCCACCAAGUUUGCCGCCAAUGACGAAUGGGGCAAGGUGUACCGCAAAAUGUUUGGCGUAAACCAGAUGAACCAGACUCUGUCUGUUCUGACCGGAGCUACCGCCGGCGCCACGGAAUCCUUUGUCGUUGUGCCUUUUGAGCUCGUCAAGAUUCGUCUUCAGGACAAAGCCUCGGCCGGAAAGUACAAUGGCAUGGUUGACUGUGUCGUCAAGACUGUGAAAAACGAGGGCCUCUUGACAAUGUACCAGGGAUUGGAGAGCACGCUGUGGCGUCACAUCCUCUGGAAUGCCGGUUACUUUGGAUGCAUCUUUCAGGUUAGACAGAUGCUUCCCAAGGCCAGCACCAAGCAGGGCCAGAUGACCAAUGACCUCAUCUCGGGUUCGGUCGGUGGCACUGUUGGCACCAUUCUGAACACCCCGAUGGAUGUCGUCAAGAGCCGCAUUCAAAACACCCCCAAGGUUGUCGGGCAGAUCCCCAAGUACAACUGGGCUUGGCCAUCAGUCCUGACCGUUUUCCGCGAGGAGGGCGCUGGCGCUCUGUACAAGGGCUUUCUUCCCAAGGUGUUGCGUCUGGGUCCAGGAGGCGGUAUUCUUCUUGUCGUUUUCACCACCGUCAUGGACACCUUCCGCAAAUGGCAUUCAUAG